AUGGAUCCUCUCACAGCCCUCGGCCUAGUUGCGAACAUCGUUCCCUUCAUCGAAAUCGCCGCCAAAGUCCUGAAAACCGCCAAAGAAAUCCACGACUCCGAGUCUGGCGGACUGGACGACAACAUCAACUUGGAGAAGUAUGCAACUCAGCUGGAGCAGCACUGCGACGACCUUCUCGAUCCCGAUUCUCCCGAUCUCAUUGGAGAUGACAAGGAGCUUUUUGAUCUGGCGACAGAUUGUCAGAAGCUCGCUCGCGACCUUCUGGUUGUUCUUGACAGAUUAAAGCCCGCAGACCGGUCUUCCAAGUGGCAGUCUCUGAAGUCUGCCGCGAAGAAUCUCUGGCGCUCAACAGAUAAGGAGAUGUUGGAGAAGAGACUCGAGUCAUGUAGAAGCCAGUUUGAAGCCCAGCUCAACCAAAGACGCAGGUAA